UCUGUUCUCUUUUCCCUCUUUAUCUCACAUUUGUUCAGAUCCGAAGAGAUGGUAUAAUUUUGCUCUAUAGAAGGUUUAGGUUAAAGAUUGGUUGCGGCGGCGGCGGUGGUAACGGUGAUGAAGAAGAAGAGAGAGAAAAUGGAGUUACAAAUUUAAGUAAGAAGCGAGUGUACUCCGGCAAGUAACUUCGACUAAUCGGUUAUUUUCCUUUUCAUACGAACAAUCAUCAUGUACGGACAUUGACAUUGACGCCAUGAAUUUGUUGUCAACAGACACACUAGUAACGUGGAAUUGAAGUGAAUUUGGAACAGAACGACUUGUUGAAACUGAAAAGGCUGUAAAUGCAAGUGCUUUUAAGCGAGACUGCGAGUCAUUAAUGUGUCACAGAGUAGGCUUUUUUUGGUUAUAGGAUUUGAUUGAAGAGGAGGGGAUUGAUGAAGCUGUGUUAUAAUUACACUCUCUGUCUAAAUGAAGGCACAGUCUGCAGUUGUUGAGGCUUUAAUUGUUUGCUUCCGAAUUAAUUGUCCGAUCAACUUGCGUACAAGACAUGCUUUGGAUCAGCUUUUUCUCGUUUUAAUUUCUCUCUUUGUAAAUUUAAAACCUGCUGAAGAAGUAGGAGGUGUUUCAAAAUUGUCAUUUGUAGUUAUUACCAAAGGAAACCAUCUAUAAGAAGAAAGGAAGUAGCUUUUGCAGGACAGGUAAAAUGAAGGAGGCGAUAGAGAAGUGUGUGGACUCUCAGCUAUGGCACGCCUGUGCAGGAAGCAUGGUGCAAAUUCCUCCAUUAAACUCCAACAUCUUCUAUUUCCCACAAGGCCAUGCUGAGCAUACAUCUACAGAUGUUGAUUUCACUGCUCUGCCGAGAAUUUCUGCUAUGAUUCUAUGCAGGGUCAAUGCUGUAAAAUUCUUAGCUGACCCUGAAACUGAUGAGAUUUAUGCCAAGAUUAUGCUUAUUCCGGUUGAAAACAAGAACCAUGACUUUGAAAAUGACACUGUUUUAGGAAGCAGUGCGGUUGAAACAACUGAGAAGCCUAGUUCGUUCGCCAAGACGUUGACUCAAUCGGAUGCAAAUAACGGGGGUGGUUUUUCAGUUCCUAGGUACUGUGCAGAGACAAUUUUCCCGAGGUUGGAUUUUACAGCUGAGCCUCCUGUCCAGACUGUGAUCGCGAAGGAUGUUCAUGGUGCAAUCUGGAAGUUCAGGCACAUCUAUAGGGGCACGCCACGGAGGCAUUUGUUGACAACUGGUUGGAGUUCAUUUGUGAAUCAGAAGAAGCUGGUUGCAGGGGACUCUGUUGUGUUUCUGAGGGCAGAAAAUGGUGAUCUUUGUGUUGGAAUUCGCAGGGUAAAGCGGGGUGGUAUUGGUGGGAUGGAACUGAAUUCUUCUGGUGGGAGAUUUAGAGAUAAGGGACAAGUGAGCCCUGAAUCAGUUGUUAAGGCUGCAUAUCUCGCUGCUAGUGGCCAGCGUUUUGAAAUUGUUUAUUACCCUCGUGCAAGCUCUCCUGAAUUUUGUGUUAGGGCGUCUUCUGUGAAUGCUGCAAUGAACGUUCAAUGGUGCUCAGGGAUGAGGUUCAAAAUGGCUUUUGAAACCGAGGAUUCUUCUCGGAUCAGCUGGUUCAUGGGAAGUAUAUCAUCGGUUCAGGUUGCUGACCCCAUCCGCUGGCCUCAUUCACCUUGGCGGCUUCUUCAGGUGACAUGGGAUGAACCAGAUUUACUGCAAAAUGUAAAACAUGUCAGCCCAUGGCUUGUCGAAUUGGUCUCUAAUAUGCCCGUCAUUCACUUAUCACACUUCUCACCACCAAGGAAAAAGUUGUGUUUACCGCAAGAUUUUGCACUUGACAGUCAAUUUCCAUUACCUUCAUUUUUGGGCAACCCCCUCAGGUCCAGCAGUCCUUUUUGUUGUCUAUCUGACAACAUCACUGCAGGCAUACAGGGAGCCAGGCAUGCUCAGUUUGGAGUACCUUUAUUGGAUCUCCAACUUAGCAAAAAAAUUCAGUUGGGACUGCUACCACCCGUUUCCCAACCACUCGAUGCUGAUUCUAGAAUUCCUAAUGGCAUCAGUAAGGUCCAAAAAGAGAGCAACGAAAACAUAUCUUGCUUGCUUACCAUGGGUAGUUCUAGUCAGAUGUUGGAUAAAGCUGAUAAUUUGAAAACACCUCGGUUUUUACUCUUUGGCCAACCAAUUCUCACUGAGCAGCAAAUGUCAAGUGGCCGCUCUACUAAUGUUCCUCCACAAGUCCAAACAAAAAGAGACUCCUCCGGUGAGGCACAAAUGGAAACUGAAAGAAUUUCUCUUGGCUGGAAAGGCCUUUCAGAAAGUCUAUCAAACGCUACAUUACUUUGGAAUAAAGGUUAUCACGCAGCUGAACUUGGCAUGAGUACUGGUCACUGCAAAGUAUUCCUAGAUUCGGAGGAUGUAGGACAUGCCCUUGAUAUCUCAGUUUUAAGAUCAUAUGAAGAGGUGUAUAAAAAACUUGCAGACAUUUUUGGAUUAGAAAGAUUAGAUAUGAUGACACGUGUACUCUAUAUAGAUGCAACAGGUGCAUCUAGACAAAUUGGAGAUGCACCAUUCAGUGACUUUGUGAAGACUGCAAAAAGACUGACAAUUCUGAAGAAUCCUGACAACAGUGCUGCAAGGAAAUGGCUCACCGAUCUGCCAACUGCUGAAGGUUGUCUAGAUUCUUCAAACCAGGCAGGAUCCCUUAGCAUCUUUGCGUAAAUUAGCUUUUAUUACCUCUGGUUGUUUCUAAGAAAUCAUAGACUGCCAUUUGUAGUGUGAAAGGACACUACUAAUGGAACAUGGAUAUGUUUUAAGGAUGUCUCCGUUUUCUUUAUGUUGGGAAUAAUGUGACGGUUGUUCUGUUUACCACAUCUUGCUAAGCUGUAGCCACAUGUUUGUUAGUGGUAUUAUCAAAGACAACAAAAUUUAUUCAUGUGAAGACAUGUUUAUGUAUUUCUUCCAUAUCA